AUGGCUGCUGCUGCUUCUCUCAGAACUCAAGCCUCUUCUCUUCUUUUGCUUCACAAUCCUCACCCAAAUCCAAACUACUCAAAACCUAAUCUUUCCAUUCUCUCUAAACCCUCAAGACGAUCAUUUUCUCUCUCUGCAACUUUUCCUCCUUCCCUUUCUCAUUCUUCACCUUCCAUUUUCCUUCCUUUUCUCGAACAAGAAAAACAAGAAGUUGAACACCCAGAAACAAUACAAACACAACAUAAUGAUGGGACUAAUGAAGUGGACAAAGAAAAAGGAGGAGGAGGAGGAGAAGAAGAGGACCCUAUUGACCCAAUUAUAAGAUUCUUCAAGUCUCAAACUUCAACAACUCAAGACCCACCCCAACAAGGCAAAUUCGCUCUUAAAAAAAACAGACGCUCUUCAUGGCACCUAGCCCCUCGGUUUGAUACAGACGCUCAAAAUGAAGAAAUCCAACAAAUUGGUACUCCAAGUUCUGUUUCUGGGCCAUUACCUGAUGGAGUUGUAGGAGAAAUAUUGAAAAUUGCUAGGGAGGUACCGAAGAAUAUGACUUUGGGAGAGAUGUUGAGUGGUUAUGAAGGGAGGGUUAGUGCUAAAGAGAGUGUGGAAAUAUUGGGGUUGAUGGGAGAGGAGGGUCUGUUAAUGGGUUGUUUGUAUUUUUAUGAGUGGAUGGGGUUGCAAGAACCAUCUUUAGUUACUGCUCGUGCUUGUACUGUUUUGUUUCCAAUAUUGGGAAGAGCUGGAAUGUGUGAUAAGUUGGUGAUUUUGUUCGGGAAUUUGCCUCAACAGAAGGAGUUUCGAGAUGUUCAUGUUUACAAUUCUGCUAUUUCUGGUCUUCUCUGCUGUGGAAGGCAUAAUGAUGCUUAUGAGGUGUAUGAGGCUAUGGAAGUGAAUAAUGUUUCUCCAGAUCAUGUGACAUGCUGUAUAAUGAUUACAAUCUUGAGGAAAAGGGGUCGUACUGCAAAAGAGGCAUGGGAAUUCUUUGAGAGAAUGACCAGGAAAGGAGUCAAAUGGAGUCCAGAAGUUCUAGGAGCUCUAAUAAAAUCAUUCUGUGACGAGGGACUGAAGAAUGAAGCCCUUGUUAUCCAGACAGAAAUGGAGAGAAGAGGCAUCUCUUCAAAUGCUAUCAUCUAUAACACAUUAAUGGAUGCCUAUAGCAAAUCCAACCAAAUUGAAGAAGCCGAAGGUCUUUAUUCUGAGAUGAAGUCAAAAGGCCUGAAGCCCACUUCUGCUACCUUUAAUAUACUUAUGGACGCAUACAGCAGAAGAAUGCAGCCUGAUAUAAUAGAGAAACUGCUGCUGGAAAUGCAGGAUGCAGGAUUAGUACCUAAUUCCAAAUCCUAUACAUGCCUGAUCAGUGCUUACGGAAGACAGAAGAAAAUGAGUGAUAUGGCUGCAGAUGCGUUCUUGAGAAUGAAGAAAGUUGGUAUAAAACCUACUUCAUAUUCUUAUACUGCUCUUAUACAUGCUUAUUCAGUUAGUGACUGGCAUGAGAAGGCUUAUACAACGUUUGAGAAUAUGCAAAGGGAAGGAAUCAAACCAUCUAUUGAAACUUACACAACCCUUCUAGAUGCAUUCAGGCGUGCUGGUGAUACAAAAACAUUGAUGAACCUUUGGAAAUUGAUGAUGAGUGAAAAAGUCGAAGGGACACGGGUGACAUUUAACAUUCUUCUUGAUGGGUUUGCCAAACAAGGUCACUACAUGGAAGCAAGGGAUGUGAUAAAUGAAUUCAAGAAGUUUGGCUUGCAUCCAACAGUGAUGACAUAUAACAUGCUGAUGAAUGCGUAUGCACGGGGAGGGCAAGACUCAAAGUUGCCUCAGCUAUUGAAAGAAAUGGCUACCCUCAAUCUAGAACCUGAUUCCAUCACUUAUAUGACCAUGAUCUAUGCGUAUGUCCGAGUUCGUGAUUUCAGAAGAGCAUUUUUUUAUCACAAGAUGAUGGUGAAAAGUGGGAAGGUGCCGGAUGCCAAGUCCUAUCAAAAGCUUAGGGCAAUAUUGGAUGUAAAAGCAGCAAUAAAGAACAGGAAGGACAAGAGUGCUAUACUUGGUAUUAUUAAUAGCAAAAUGGGUAUGUUGAAAGUAAAGAAGAAAAGGAAGAAAGAUGAAUUCUGGAAGAACAAGAAAAAGCAUGUGAGAGCUCCUAAUGUUUCCGAUGAUAAAUAA